AUGAGCCUCAGUGCCUAUCAUAAAAAUUGCCACACCUUGAAAUCUAGAGUGGAAAGAGAAGAGUCUGAAGAGGAACCUGUGAAAGAUAAUAUGAUGCCUAGGAGGAGCGCUAAAUCCCAUGAGAGACGGAAACAGGCUUCACCAGAAACAGAGCAAGAUUGCCCAGAUGAUCCACAUUUGAUAAAAGUUUGGGUACCCAAAGGACUGAAGAAAGUUGCCAGUCGGAUCACAGAGUCUGAUGUUAUUCUAGAUGAAUUUGGAAAGAUAACAGCAAAAUACAGACAAGGAGUGGAGUCAAAGAUAUGUAGGAAAGCUAUAGAUAGCUUUUAUGCUGGGUUCAAGGACCAGCUUAUCAAAGCUAUCACAGAUGCUGAAGAACUGAAAAAUGCAAAACUGAAAAAUACAAAGAUAAUCAGAACAACAAAUAAGAAAAGGCAACAUUUGAUAGAGGUUAAAGAAGAACUAAUUAGAACUGAACCACAGCUGAAGAAACUGGAGAGAGAACGUGCUGAACUAAAAGGAAAAAUAUCUUCUCUCAGGAAUGCAGUUCAGUUAGUCACUGAUUUAAAGGAUCUUCAACAAAAAUAUGCUAAUGAAAGAAAGGAAAAUCAACAAGAAAAAGUAGUUUAUGGUGUUUCCAGCCUUCCUGCACUUCUGGUGGAAUCGCGAAGAAUUCUAGGAGCAGAAGGUCAUUUCCGAAGUAUCAAUGCAAAAUUAGAACAAGCCUUGGAUUUGCAAAAAAAGAACUAGACAUACUUAUUACAAAUUAUAUAUUGGACUGCAACAUUUUUAUUAUAUUAAAACAUGUAAUAACAGUGGGCAUUGAAGCAAGAAGCCUUGAGUGUCAAUCUUCUUCUUUUUUGACAGAUUUAACUCUACUACUGGUAUAGUAUCCAUAAUUUUAGUCUUUGCUAACUGGUAUAAAAUCUCCGUAAUUUUCCUUUCAUUGGGAAGUGACCUCAGUGGUUUGGCCAACCACAGUACCUUCAUUGAUUGAUCUUCCUUUAGAAAUAGAACAUGGAAGGACAAAGAAGAAAAACCUUCUAAGUAGGAAUGUUCUUACAAGACUAUGUAUAUAUUAUCUUUUGCUACAGUCAAGAAAUGAAGGAAAAUAAUUGAUAGCAGUAUCAGUGAGCACUUCAUAUAAGAAAACUGUUCCAGUGAAAGCCCUUAAUUAAUUUUAAAUAAACAAAGGUUCUUGGUAUAAGAACCAGUAUUGGCUA